AGCCGCGGAAGCCCCCCCCCCCCCCCCCCCCCCGAGCAGCAGCCGCAUCGAUGGCCCCCAAGGCGGAGAAGAAGCCGGCGGCGAAGAAGCCCGCGGAGGAGGAGCCCGCGGCGGAGAAGGCGGAGAAGGCCCCGGCGGGGAAGAAGCCCAAGGCCGAGAAGCGGCUCCCCGCGGGCAAGUCCGCCGGCAAGGAGGGCGGCGAGGGCAAGAAGGGGAAGAAGAAGGCGAAGAAGUCGGUGGAGACCUACAAGAUCUACAUCUUCAAGGUGCUGAAGCAGGUGCACCCCGACAUCGGCAUCUCCUCCAAGGCCAUGUCCAUCAUGAACUCGUUCAUCAACGACAUCUUCGAGAAGCUCGCCGGCGAGGCCGCCAAGCUCGCGCGCUACAACAAGAAGCCCACCAUCACCUCCCGCGAGAUCCAGACCUCGGUGCGCCUCGUCCUCCCCGGCGAGCUCGCAAAGCACGCCGUCUCCGAGGGCACCAAGGCCGUCACCAAGUUCACCUCGUCGUAGAUGCUAGGCUUUCCCCUCUGCUCUUUGUGGCGUGUUGCUCCUGGUAGUGGUGCUAGUUCGCCGGAUUGGGCUAGUACGGAUGGUGUAGUUACGUGUUGUGGCUCCUGACUGAAGUAAUGUUGGUGGUGCUUGUUUAACUCUUGUUCAAUUCAGCGUCAGCUCUCGAUUGUAUCUCUCUGCCUAUCCCUCUGUCGAUUGGACACUCCAGGAGUCGAGCUUGUUAAGAUUGCGUUACGUUUUUGUAACUCUUGAUAUGUUGUUUUGGCACUGGAGCAUUUUUCUUC